AUGGCCAGCGACGACGUGGAGACUGUCGCCGACACCAUCCUCCAGGCGACGACGUUGUCGGUGAUCCUGUUGCUGGGCCUGGUGCUCAACGUCAUCGUCAUUAGCGUGUUCUGCUGCAGCAGACUCCUUCGCGCCGCCAGACACAACGUGUUCGUGAUGAACCUGAUUGUGUGCGACAUCAUCUUCCUCGUCACCGUCAUGCCCGCCUCGCUCGUCAACGUCCUCUGUCCUCAUGUCUGUGCGUCCGUCAUGAGAGCCGGGAUUUUGUGUAAGAUCACUGGGUUCAUAACGAUGUUUCUGUGCACAAUGGCCGCCUUCACCUUGGCGGUGAUUGCAAUAGACCGAUACUUGGCCGUGGUGUGGAUCAGGAAACACCGGUGUAUUGACAGCAAAACGUCCAGCUAUGUGGUGCUGUUUGUGCUAUGGGUGAUCGCCGCCCUGGGCGCCUCCCCACCCUUGAUGCUCCCUGGCGACUCUAAGUUCGUGUACGAGGCUGGAACCAAACACUGCUCUCCAUCUCUCAAGACCGACUGCUGGCUCUACUGGCUGGCCGUGGCUAUAGGCCUGGGAUCCACCAUGCCAACCAUGACAUUCUGCUACUGCAGAAUUGUCAUUGAAGUCAGACGGCAGAGGCGGAAAGUCCUGCCAGGUGUUAGCGUUGUUAAACCCAACACUUCAGAAGUUGAGGAGAAGAGUGAGUUCUGGAAACCCGGUUCAAAUAAAGACUCAAAUGAAGGUAACAGAAACACGAUCGCGGUGAAGAGUAAAGCCGCCGAGUGUUCGCCACGGACAUCGAAGAAGCGACUAGAACAAGAACUAGCAAAACGAAGCGCUGUGAUGAUUUUGGCGUAUCUGAUGUGUUGGAGCCUCUACACGGUGACGCACGCCUGUCCGGCUCGUCUAGAGGGACCUCUCUGGCUGGAGGUGACCGGAAUGUGGACGGUGUUCACUCUGACCAUCUGGAACCCCAUCAUCUACGUGUUCAACAACAGGCAGUUCAUGGAAGAACUCACUAGACUGAGACGAAGACAGAACCAUUAG